AUGCUAGAUACUCAAAUGUUAGAUACACAGACGUUAGAUACUCAGACGUUAAAAAUUCAGAGGUUAGAUACUCAGGCAUAUAGAUACUCAUACGUUAGAUACUCAGAGAUUGAUACUCAGAGGUUAGAUACUCAGAUGUUAGCUACACGGAGGUCAGAUACUCAGACGUUAGAUUCCCAGACGAUAGAUAUUCAGAUGUUAGAUACUCAGAGGUUAGAUUCUCAGAUGUUAGAUACUCAGAGGUUAGAUUCUCAGAUGUUAGAUACUCAGAGGUUAGAUUCUCAGACGAUUCUGUCAACAGUAUUUACAGUGUUAUUCUUUGCCUAUCUGGAGCCAUGUGCAGGAAUUCUAGCCGUCUGCAAAAAGAAUUCUCAGUUCUUAUGUAACGAUGAACAGCCGACAUUCCUCGUGGGCGCCAAUCAGGCGUGGUUUAACUAUGUCACAGGAGACUUCGGAAACCGUCUAUAUUUUACCAUCUCUAUGAUUCCUCUUAAAGCCUACCUCACUGGACUUAAGGCGGCUGGUGGAAAUUCCAUAAGGUUGUUCCUCCAUAUUGAGGGACAGGGAACCCCUCUCUUUGGACCUGGGGGUAUCGUUACAGGGACGGACCUCCAGCAGUCGUUGAUACCAGAACUGAUGGAAUACUUGAAAUUUGCUCACAUGAACCAAAUUUUUGUGUUUAUUUGUCUGUGGAACGGGGCUUUUGUGACCCCCGUCAUUAACGAGAGGCUCCAUGGCUUGAUUAAAGAUGAAGUAAAAUUACAAAGCUACAUAACAACAGCCCUUACACCGAUAGUGACGGCCGUAAUGAACGAGCCCGCUUUGGCGGGGUGGGACAUCAUCAAUCAGCCCGAGGGGGUGAUGAAAAGGAAUGUGACGGAUAAGAACCCUUGCUGGGACAACACGUUUUUGGAGCUGAAGGCUUCGGGUAGAGCUAUCGGUUGGGCCAAAGAACUGUACACGCCUAAGGAAAUUCAAAGAUUUAUCAAUCUUCAAGCUUCUGCAAUUCGUAAACUUUACAAAGCACAACAAAAGGAGCCCUUAAUUACUGCCAGUUCUUUCAACAUUAUCACAAACACCUUCCAAUGGAACUGUAAAAACCUAUACCACGACUUCUGCUUGAAUAUAUCGGGGGGUGCCGAUGACGGCUAUUUGAGUUUUUGGACUACACAUUCCUUCGAUAUCAAAAGCGAAGGGCGGUAUGACGAUUGGGCACCAUUCAAUCACUAUUACACGGAAUAUCAUAUGGGUGGGGAUAAUCUACCACCCAGACCAUUGGUCAUUGCAGGAUUUAAUGAGGUGCGAGGGCGCCCCCACUCCAAAUGGGAUAUCGUAAAACAAUUUAACCAUCUUUAUUCUAAUGGCUAUUCGGGUGGAUGGACGUGGCAAAUGAACGCACAGGGACCAGACACGGAUGACUGGAUAACACAGGCGAAAGGGAUAAGUUCCCUGAGAGGGAAAUUCGGGAUUUCUGUGGGAAGCUUUGGUGCUCUCAGUAGUCCCCUAGGAUCGUUAAUUCCUAAAGAUAUUAAUAUUACAGCUAAUCCCAUUGGAAAAUAA